AAUACUCUCCUUCUCUCUACCUUUGAUCACUUACGAACCUUCACUAUCGAGCCGCUCCGAGUCUCUGAUUAUCCGAAACCUUCUGCUCUGAGACCCACUCUCUUGAGGCUAGUCCUCUUCCAAAGAGAACAGACUCCUUCCUUCAAGUUCCGUCCUCAGAAAGGGAAAAUUAUUUCGGGAGAAAUGAAUAGCGAUCAACAUCCCUCAAAGAGUGGCUCAUGUCACGAUGUUCAAUCUUCAAAUUGUCCUGAGUUCCAUUCUGUCAGCGACCCUGUGGGGGUUUCACGCACGCAUAGCACCAUAGACCAUGAUCUUUAUGAUGUUUCUUUCGAUGGCGAUGAAGAUCCCAUGAGCCCUAAAAGGCUGCCGCUGGUAAGAAAAUGGGCGAUUGUUAUUAUAAUGAAUGCCGAGAUGAAUACUCCGUCCCUAAUUGCAAUCCUGGGACUGUCCUUUUUUGUCCUUGGUCUUGGCCUCGGGCCAUUAUUGACAAGUCCUUUGAGCGAGUGGUAUGGUCGAAGACCUAUUUACGUCGUCUCGUGGUCUUUUUUCGUUAUCUGGAAUGUCGUAACGGCCGUUGCCAAGAACAUUGAAACGGUCAUUAUUUCUCGUUUCUUCACUGGCUUCGCGGGUGGCACGUUCUUAUCUGUAUCGGGCGGAACCGUGAGUGAUGUGUUCCUACGCUCUCAGAUCCAAUUGCCAAUGACCUUGGUUUCUUCGGCUCCUUUCAUCGGUCCUUGUCUGGGUCCUUUAAUUGGUGGCUUCAUCAGUUACAACACAACAUGGAGGUGGAACUAUUACUUCAUCACCAUUUGGUCUGGGGUGCUUCUGGUCUCGAUCGCCAUAUUUGUGCCUGAAACAUUCCCUCCAGUCCUACUGCGAGCCAAAGCCGUGAUGCUCCGAAAAUCAACUGGAGAUGAUCGCUACAAAGCUCCCACAGAAAAGCUUCAAACUUCUAGAAGCAGAGCCUUAGCAUAUGCCCUCAUGCGACCUUUCCAGCUUUUAUUCUUCGAGCCCAUGUGCCUUGCUCUCGAUGUUUAUGCGGCCCUCUUGCUCGGUAUGCUAUACCUAUUCUUCCAGGCUAUUCCUCUCAUGUUUGAGACGACCUAUGACUGGAAGAUGUGGCAGGGCGGUCUUCCAUUUGUCGGUAUCAUUGCUGGCAUGAUCGUGGGGGCCUUAAGUACCCCACUCUGGGCCCGUGUCAAGGAUCGUCUUUUAGAGCCCCAGGAGAAGCAAACCGGGGAUAUCGCCCCGGAGUACAGUUUACUUCCAGCUAUACCAGGGGGCGUUUUGAUUCCAAUCGGCCUCUUUUGGUUUGGCUGGAGCUUGUCAUCAAAUGUUCACUGGAUUGUUCCCAUCAUCGGGUCCUCCUUUUUUGGCUGCGGAAUCUUGCUGGCAUACAAGGGCAUCUUCACUUUUCUUGUUGAUGCCUAUCCACAGUACGCUGCGUCUGCGCUCGCCGGGAAUGGAUUCGUGCGAUCAUCUUUUGCUGCUGCUUUCCCUUUAUUUGGGCUGCAGAUGUACGAUAAACUGGGCUAUCAUUGGGCAACUAGCUUGCUUGCCUUUCUUAUGAUUCUCAUGAUGCCAUUUCCAUGGGUCUUUUUCAAGUACGGAAAGGUCCUGCGAGGCAAGAGCAAAUUUGCUUUGAGUGCUUAA